CUGUUCACGAGUCACGACUAUAUCUUCUCCUUCUCUUCUACUGCUCUUUAAAAUCCUUCCCCUCUGUCUUCUUCUUCUUUCACUCCACGACUCCCUCACUGACGACCCCUUUUGAAACAGUCAGUCUCUCUUAAACUCCAAGAAAAUAUCUCAUACGCAAUCCAUAAUCUAAACAAGAACAGUCCAAAAAAUCCCAAUUUAUUAGGGUUCCAAAUCAACAAAACGGUUUGUUCUUUACUCUUCCAUUUUCACUUCGUUUGAUUAUUAGGGUUUAUAAAUUCUACUUUGAUUCUAGGGUUUUUAGGGUUUUAUUAUGGGGACAUCAUCUGAACCAGCAAAGAUUGAACAGAUUAUAACUGAAUUCUUUGCAAAGAGUUUACAUAUAAUAUUAGAAUCAAGAACACAACCAUGUAGUUCAUCCCGUAACAACUAUAGUGGUGAACAAAUAUUAUUAUCAUCUCCAUCUUCAUCAUCAUCGUCUUCAUCCAGUGUUAGACCAAGAGAUAAAUGGUUUAAUUUAGCAUUAAGAGAAUGUCCUGCUUCAUUAGAAAAUCUUGAAUUGUGGCAUCAAAGUAAUUUAGAACCUAUGGUUGUUGAUGUGCUACUUUUUCAGAGGGGGGCUGUUAAUUUUCAUGAUGAUGGUGCUGAAAUGAUGAAAAAAGAUAAGGUGAUUGAGAGAUGGGUUGUCAAGUAUGAGACUAGGAAGAGUGGGAGGGAUUUUGGGCAUGGGGGGAAUAAGAGGAAUCCUCCCAGUGCUACUUCGCAUUCUUUGUAUAAGAAAUCCAUUAUUUUGUUGAGAUCUUUGUAUCUUACUGUUAGGUUAUUGCCUGCGCAUAAAUUGUUUCAUGAAUUGAAUUCAUCGGGGCAGAUACUUACCUAUGGGUUAGCUCAUAGGGUGUCUACGUUGGUUGAGCCAUUUACUCGUAGAGAGGAGGUGGAAAUGAAGGAAUUUGUGUUCACUCCAGUGGAUACUACUUGUGGUAUGCUUUGUUUGUCUGUGUUGUAUUCCCCAGCGUUGUCUGAUGUGAAUUCAGAGCCUUCAACUCCUGUAUCGCCGCAGUUUAUACCAGAUUAUGUGGGAAGUCCAACAACUGAUCGGCUUAAGAGUUUUCCGUCUCUUCCUUUAGCUAGAUUCAGGUCUCAUGAGAUACCUUCUUCGGUACCCUUUGAAAGGCGACAUAGCUGGAGUUAUGAUAGUUAUGGAUCAUCUGCACCUCCGGUAUCUGGCUUUCCUUCACCUGCAUAUUCUGACUCUAGAGGUUUUUCUUAUAAUCCCAGUUCUCAUCGCCUUCCACCUUUGAGCAUACCAAGUCAUCAAUCUGAAACUCCAGGCUCCAGCAAUGCAUCUUUGGCAACUAGGAAUACAAAUUUUGAUGAUUUUUGGCCCUCACCAAUGCCCUCUCCAACUCCGUCUCCGUCACCACCCGCCCAUUUGAAAUCAAAAGCUCUAUUAUGUUCUGGAAGUGCUCCAGUAAGCAUUCCCACAACUGGGAACCCUGCAUUGCGAAACAUUCAUGUAGCGACUCCGUCUCCUCCAAGGGAAAAGAUGGGUCCCUCUCAGUCCAGCAAUGGUAGGAACUUGACUAGAGCUGGAGAUGUUAAUUCUGCCUUAAAAUAUGAGAAGAUGAACUCCUUUGGAAAAGAUGAGGUUGGAAAUAUAUAUGGAGCAAAAGCAUCAUCCGGCAUUUCACCAAGAAUUUCUUUCUCCAGGAGCUCCAGUAGGUUUUCCUCCCAGGAUAUGUUUGAUUAUUCGGAUUUUGCAUGCCCAUUUGCUGUUGGGGAUGAUAUAACUGAUCCACGCCCAGGACCAGAUCUUUUCGAUGGAAAAGCGCAUCAUACUGAGCCCAGAGGACAAGUCAGGAAAUCCCAGGAUGCUGCUGUUGGUGCCCUUGUGGAGAUGUUAAGUACAGCACCACCACUUCGCCAAGAUAUCUCAAAAUCGAUCAAGUUGUCACAAGUCUCGAAACCUGAGAUCUGGGGAAGAAGCACUGAAGAACCUGCUGUAACUUUGGAAUCUGAGACAGGAGGAUUAUCAAAUUCUUCUUGCAAUGUCAACAUCACAUCAUCUGGACUUCAGAUAUCGAAGACAACUGCUGAUGCAUUGGAAGAAUUCCAGAGUUACGGACAGAUAAAAGAAUCAUUGCUGCUCAGGAACGGUAAUGAUGGGACCUCGACUAGUGCCGGCCAUGCAUCAGAAACUGCAGAUAAAAGCUGAAUGCCAUUUUAGUUCUAAUGCCUACUGGUUCUUUGUGAAGAGUUGUACAGUAUUUCUUCCUAUAAUGUUCAUGUCUAUGGGUCUGAGUGCCGUACCCAUGAACUUUUCAACUGUUCAAAAAUCAAAAGAAAAAAAAAAGUACAUAAAAGAAAAAGAAAAAUCAUCUCGAGUUUCCUUUCGUAGCUAUUAGCAAUUGUAUAUGCAUCUUGCAUGACAGAGUUAAGUACUUUUCUCGACAAUUCCCUGUGUAUAAAGAACAUAACCAUCUUUCAACUGUUUAUAAUAAUAUAGAAGUUCGUAUAAGGGUUU